CAGAUGUCUUCCAGUCAUUACCAGGAUUUUAUCCCAGAGUCACGAAGACCUAAUUUCCCUAAGAUGGCAUCCAUUGACCCAAAGUCAUUUACCCAAGGGACUGUGUUGAGUAUUCAUAACAUCUGCUAUCGAGUAAAAGAGAAGCGUGGCUUUCUACUUUGCCGGAGAACAUUUGAGAGAGAAGUAUUAACAAAUAUCAACGGGACCAUGAAACCUGGCCUUAAUGCUAUCAUGGAAUGCACAGGUGGAGGCAAAUCUUUAUUGCUGGAUAUCUUAGCUGCAAGGAAAGAUCCAAAUGGAUUAUCUGGAGAUGUUUUAAUCAAUGGAGCCCCUCGACCUGCCAAUUUCAAAUGUAAUUCAGGUUUUGUGGUUCAAGAUGAUCUCGUCCUGGGCACCCUGACGGUGAGAGAAAACUUAGCGUUCUCAGCGGCUCUUCGGCUUCCAACAACUAUGACAAAACAUGAAAAAGAUGAACGGAUUAAAGUGGUCAUUGAGGAGUUAGGUCUGAAUGAAGUGGCUGACUCCAAGGUUGGAUCUGGAGAAGAAAGGAAAAAGACCAGUAUAGCAAUGGGGCUGAUCACUGAUCCUUCCAUCUUGUUCCUAGAUGAGCCCACAACUGGCUUAGACUGGAGCACAGCAAAUGCUAUCUUUUUGCUUCUAAAAAACAUUUCUGAGCAAGGACGAACAAUCAUCUUCUCCUUUCAUCAGCCUCAGAAUUCCAUCUUCAAGCUGUUUGACAGCCUCACCUUAUUGGCCUCAGGAAAGCUAAUGUACCACGGUCCUGCCCAGAAGGCUUUGGAGUACUUUGAAUCAGCAGGUUACCAUUGUGAGCUCCUCAAUAACCCUUCAGACUUCUUCGUGGAUGUCAUCAAUGGAGACUCCCCUGCUUCGGUGACAGCAAUGCAAGAGGAAGGGGGUGAAGCCAAUGAGACUGAACAGCUAUUAAUGGGAAAACUGCCAGUGAUCGAAAGAUUAGCUCAGUUUUAUAGAAAAUCCCCUUUCUAUAGAGAAACAGAAACUGAAUUAGAGAGACUUUCGGGUGGCCAACAUAGCAGCAGCAACUUGGCCUUCAAGGAGAUCACCUAUGUCACCACCUUCUGCCAUCAGUUCAGAUGGAUUUUCUGGCGUUCGUUCAGAAACUUGAUGGGUCAUCCCCAGCCCUGGAUAGUUCAGAUAACCAUCAUAUUGAUACUGGGGCUGAUAGUAGGUGGCACUUUCCUUCAACUAAAAAAUGAUUGUACUGAAAUCCAGAAUAGAUCCUGGUCACUCUAUGUGCUAACUGUCUUCCAAUGUGUCAUGAGUGUCUCAGCCAGGGAGAUCUUCCUGAUGGAGAGGAAUCUUUUUAUACACGAGUACCUCAAUGGAUACUAUAGGGUGUCAUCUUAUUUCCUUGGAAAACUGUUAUUUGAUUUACUAUUUGGGAGGUUUUUUCCAAGUUUUAUAUUUACUCUUGUGCUAUACUUGAUGUUAGGGCUGAAACGAGGGAUAACAGCUUUCCUCAUCACAACGAUUACCACUUUGAUGGUGGCUUAUUCCACCACUGCCAUGAUCCUGGCUAUAGGAACACGUGAGAAUGCAGCAUCUUGGAAAACACUUCUGGUGAUCGUCUAUUUUGUGUUCGUGCUGGUUUUCUUGGGUAUGUCAUUGAAUUUUGAAACCAUGGCACCUCAGCUCUCCUGGCUUCAAUACGUCAGUAUUCCUCAUUAUGGCUAUAUGGCUUUGCAGCAUAAUGAAUUUUUGGAACAAAAUUUCUGUUCAGGACCCAAUACAACAAUGAGCAACUGCCGUCCCAGCUUUUUGAUAUGUACUGGUGAAGAAUUCUUGAAAAUCCAGGGCCUUGAUCUGUCACCUUGGAGCAUAUGGAAGAACAUUCUGAGUUUAGCUUGUAUGAUGAUUAUCUUCCUUACAAUUGUCUAUCUAAAACUGUUAUUUCUUAAAAAACAUUGUUAAAUUCCUCUGUAAUUUACUAUGAAUUACCCUUGAUGAACCCAGCCUAAUUCCAUUUUAUGAUAGGGAGCCAUCUCAUCACAAAAUUAUGAAAAGUUAAUUUCUCUUUUACUAUAAAUUACUGUAAUUCCUAACUUACUUGGAAUUCCUGCCCAUGCCUUGAACUCACGCAGGCCUGGCUCCCCCUGACCAGAUAACAACCCUCUCUGAAAUAUCAGCAAUGCCUCAUAAAUUCUGAUAUUGGGAUCUAAAUUUAUUCCCUACCUUGAAAUGUUAAGCCAUGUAGAUCAAUAACCUACUAACUACUUUUGUAUUAUGCUCGUCAAAAUCCUGUUAUCUGUAAGUUAUCAAUAGACCCCCCUUUGCAACUUUUUGUGCUAUAAAAGCUUGUUAUCAUCAACAAUUAUUUUCAUUAGAAAACUUUCACAAAAAUCAUAACAAACCAUAUUUUAUGUGACAGAAACCAAGCAAAACACUGAUGAUAUUAUGCAUUGUAUAACAGUUUGUAUCAUCAGACAAGAAUGCAGAAGAAAUCCAGUCUAAUUUAUUGACCUGAAAAAUGAGAAUUGAAUUCUAGAAAUUCUUGACAAGUUGCCAACAUCUUUGAUAUCAGUUUACUCACCUU